UUCAUUGAUCGAACCACGGUGCGUCGUGCGGUUGUUAUUUAGCGCUUCAGAGCGUUCAGAGCCAGUGUUACGACGAUGUGAUUUCGGAUCGCGCGGCUGUUUCGAGCUUAGACCGGUCAAUUCAUGCGACAGUGGUGUAGAGAAAAGGAGUGAGGCGAAAAUCCGAAAAUAAAAAUAAUCCGAGAAUAGAUCAGAGGCGCGGAGUAUAAAUAGGCCGGUGCGUAAUGGCGAUGUCUUCGUUAACGGGACUGCAGUCAGGGUUAGUAGACCAGCCUGAACUGAUUUUCGAGCUUGAGUGGAAACGGCCGCCGAAAUAUUCCGCAAGGCGACAAGAACCCAAGGCCAGGAUCGGCAUCUGCGAUCCUCCCGACCCCAGCCUCGACCUCUGGCUCUUCAAAUCAUACCUGUGCCAAAACAUAGGCUUGUCAGGGGACAUAGCUAUCAGCUACGUGGAUAGCGACGGUGACGAACUACCAAUCGAUUCGGAGUGUGAAUUUCGUGAAGCACUUAAGUUUGCUAGAUCGCAAAGCAAGCAGUACAAGAAUGUUGUGUUGAUCAUUGACAAAAUAGGGAAGCAAGAACUAUCGUCUAACAAAGUUGAUACGAAACAGGCCCUCCUGUUUAAUGCUUGCGACGGGUUGUUUGUUAUUCCAAAAAAACCCUCUUUAACUACGAAGAACGAAAUGGCUCCAAUCCACAUGACUGGGAUCAUCAGGAGUGAUGAAAAAGUAGAAGAAAAGCCUAAGACUAACUCUUCUUUUGAAUCCUCGUCACCUGAAAACGCUCCACCAGCUUGGUUCAGAAGUUACAUGGACUCGAUGAAGCGUGAGAUCGUCGAAGAGGUCUCUACGAAAGUAAUGUCGGAGGUAAUGGGAGUAUUGAAUGCAGGUUCUUCAGAGACAUGUUCCUCGUGCAGCCAUUCUAUGCAUCGCAAUCGCCAUUCUCAAGAGUCAAAUACGGAAGAGAAACUACGUCGUAAAAAGAAAAAGCGAGCCAUCGGCGAAGUAGAAUCGAGCGAUACGUUUAACCCUCCUCAACAGCCGGAUGUUCAAGUGCUUCGAAGGCUGAAGAAGAUCGAAAGUUUGGCACACAACUUUCAUAAGGCGCUUGAGAAUAAGCGAAAAAAAUGUGAAAAGAUAAAAUAUGCUUAUCCUAAUAUCGUUCUGCUGGAUAAUAACCUCGAUAAGCGUCCCAAAAGCGCUUUUGUACCUGUCAUCUCAGCAGCGCCAAAAGAUGAACUGCCCACGAAAUGCGAGACAGAUUCGAACAUUGCUUCCUGCAGCGAGGGAAGGGCUCGAAUGAAUUGCUCCGUAACUGGACAAGAAAUGCUCGAGAAGCCGACGAGCAAAGAAAACACGUACGAAAGUGAGUCCGACAGUGACAACAUCAGCAUGUUGUACGACAGCGACAACUCUGUUAAUCUUUCGGACGCCGAGCACGACUAUAACUUUGAGAUGGUACAGACACCGCCCUGCUUCAUACUAGACAAACCAUUAAACACUUGCGACUCCCAGGAUUCAAAACCUCCCGAAACAUUUGACAACAGCGCUCCGCUAACAGCGGACAGGCAUAACUUCAACGUCGUGUGUGAAGCAGAAAGCGAUCGUAACAACAAUCAAGAUUCUCCGAGCUACGAGGUUCUCUCCGACCCAGCGUCUUCCGACUCCUCGCUCCGCCUAAACGAGGACCAUUUCCAUGUGAGCAGGAAUAUAUCGGAACAAACGUCAAAUGCAGACCUUAUCGAUCUGAACCACGAGAAUCAAGAUGAGAAAAAGAGCAAUGCGCUUGUGAUUGACAUGGCAGGAAAGGUAUUUGAAGAGAGUAUUGAUGAUGCAUCAAACGAAGUAAUCGAAAUAUACUUAAACAAACGCCCCGGAGGCAGUUACGCCUUCGUCAAUGAAACUUUACCGAGCCACGUCACCAAAGACACUUCACAAAUGUCCAAGUCGGACACGAAUUUGGGUGAGUCGAACUACGAGAGUUGUAACUUGAAUUUGAACAUGAAAAGUUCUCAUCCAAGUUACGAAUCGAAGAAAGACAAAUCAGCCCCUACUGUCACCGAAUCGCAGACCACUUUUCAAUCACAAACAGAGUUCACGUCGGGAAUGACAAACGACACUACGCACAGCUUCAGUUCCCACAGUUCUCACACUACAGGUAACGGCGUUUACACCUUCACGCAAGUUCAGACGCAAACAAGUCACACAGAUCCAAAAUACACGGUCAUUGAUAACAAUGCUUCGAAAGGUCUCGAAGAGACCAAGUAUACAUCCUGCGAAAACGACCUUGGCGUAAGGGAUUGCCAAUCGAAACUAGGCGAAGAUAAACAAACGAACGAUACGGGCGGAAAAUAUCGAAGGGAAUUCACCAGCGAAGGUUCAGCCUGCGUUUUCACCGAACAAUCGCAGAAGUCGAGCGUCGAAAACGAAACCCGUGAGUCGUCUCCAGAUAUUGGUCGUGCGUCUAACGACGCUGUACAUAUUUUGCCUGAGACGUUGGUAUCUGGUGCAGUAACCGUCGCAUCGAGCGCUUAUUCAACCGCACGCCGAGUUUUUGAUCGAAUUCGCAGUAUGCAGACGGGAGGUGCUCAUGAAAAUGUGGAAGAUGGCGUUCUUGGCUCGGACAUUGAAAGAUACUUCAGUAUUCUCGAAGAAAUGGGAUUCACCAACGUUGAAUUGAACGCACGACUUCUUCAUGAAUACAAAUUCGAUAUGUCAAGAGUGAUAAGUGCGUUGGUACAAUAAAAUGGUAAAAAAUAUGUAUUAUCAUGAUGAUAUGUAAUAAAUAUAAGGUAUUAAUGAGAAACUUUUAACUUAGUACGAAUUUUGAUGUGUAUAAACAUUGCUUUCGAAUGAUGUUACGAUAAAGAUUUAAAAAAAAAAAACAUGAAAACCACACGUACGCAUACCGGCAAUCUUACACUAAACAAAAAUCAAGUAGUAGUACCUGGUUAAAAAUCAUUUUGACUAACAAUUUUUGUGAUAAAAAUAAGAAUUUGAUGCAUACGAAUAUCUGCAUACGUAUUAUUUCAGCAGGACAAGUAUUUUCAAUAAAAACUGAACGCCGAUUGCUAAAAUUUGAGAUAUUUUCGCAUGGUAAACAUAGUAUAUUGAUAAUCUUACUGGAUUUUUAACUGAUUAUAGACUGUGAACAUUGGCUGUGUUGAAAAUUGGGAAAUGACAGAAAAGAACAAAUGAUAUGCUUAAUAAAUGAAUGACAUAUUCACCAACAAAUGAACAAACUUCAGUACCGGAUGCAAAGUUAUAACUUCGGAUCCAUUAAUUUCAUAGACUUCGAGUAGUAGUGCAAAAUAUGUAUUUUUUACUAGAACCAUACGUCAAAAUUCUAUACGCCAAGAAACGUUAUUAAAACAUUUACUUUAUGUAUCCACGCAUCUUUGUUGAAAACCAUUAUACAUAUUGAAUAAUAAAUCACGAGAUAGUCUAGAGAAAAUAAUAUACCUAUUGCCUACAAUCGUACAUUAAAAUAUUUUCAGAAUACCUAGGAUAAAUCGUGAAUACACCUAGUAAUUGAACUUACCAAGCUGCCUGGGUAUUCUGCAUCAGAUCUUCUUAGUCAAUUUUUAGUAUCACUGUUGUUUGCACCAACAAAUUGCCACCGCAACCACGUAUGUGAAAAGGCCUUUUAAGUUGCACAAUGCACCGGCACAAGGUUGAUUUUCAGUCAAGCCAAUACUUGCAUUCAAAACCUUUGAAUAGCGUAAUUAUAGAGAUAGUAAACACUGGUUUUAAAAUAGAAGUAUAGAUAUAUUCACAGCGUAUUAAUCUAUUAAAG